AUGAAAAACACACUAAAUAAUCAAACAAAGAACAUAAUACAUCUUCCAAGCCGGCUGGCCACCGUGGAAGAUCACGACCAAAACCCUCCAGAGAAAAUUGAAGCAAAUUGUGCACAAGCUAGUCAUCAAAAUACCCUAUAUAUAGCAACAUAUAAUGUUAGAACUUUGUCGACAUAUUUGCGAUUACUAGAAUUGACAGAGUGCUUGAAAAAUAUAAACUUUGACAUUAUUGGUCUCUCAGAAAUAAGAAAACUUGGAAACACUAUUGAGGAACACGAUGAGUUUAUUCUUUACUACAUUGGAGAAACGCCUGGAUUAUAUGGAGUAGGUUUUAUCGUAAAAAAAUAUUUGAAAAAAUUUAUCACAAGUUUCACAGGAAUAUCAGAAAGAGUAGCACUAUUAAGGAUGAAUAUCAAUGGCUUAGAAUUAAGUAUUAUUCAAGUUUACGCUCCAACGGAGGAGUCGAGCGACGAGGAUUUGGAAUUUUUCUACAGUACAGUCGACAAAGCUUUACAACUCUCAGAAAAUAAUGUUAUAGUCAUGGGAGAUUUUAACGCCAAAAUAGGACAAACUAAUCCCAAUGAAAUUGCCACAGGUAAAUACGGCUAUGGAGAUAGAAACUGUAGAAGAAAUAGACUUAUUGACUUUGCGCACGAAAACAACUUGGCUAUUAUGAACACCUUUUUCAAAAAAAAUAACAAACAAAGAUGGACUUGGAGAUCACCUAACGGUAUAAUAAAGAACGAAAUAGAUUACAUUCUAACAAACUUACACAGAAACAUAUAUAAUAUACAGGUUUUAAACAUUACCUACCCUUCGGAUCACAGACCAGUGAGAGCAGCAUUAAACACUCUUCUCAGAACAAAAAGUCGUAGUAAGUUCGGCCAAUGCCUAAGAUUCCAAUUAAAGAACGAAGAAGAAACGCAAACAUACAAAAGGUCGCUUAACUCCUGCUUAACAAACCUACUAGAGAGCUGGAGAGACGAGGACACCGUUCAGAAGCGCUAUGACGACAUAACUAACGCAAUAGACAUCAGCCUGAAAAGAACUCACGAGGUUUCAUGCAGUACAAAUCCAGGGAAAAACCAAGCACUUUCAACUCGCACAAAGGCGUUAAUCUGUAGAAGACAAGAACUACAAAAGAUAAAACCGAAAUCAAGAGCCAUGAAAAACGAACUAAAAGCACUUUACAAACUCAUAAGUAAACGUAUCCAUCUAGACUAUAAGGCGCACCGUACAAGAACAAUCGAAAAACAUCUCAAUACAACAAAUAGUGUCAAGAAAGCAUACAAGGAACUGAGAACACAUAAACUAUGGAUUGAAGAGUUGAAAGACAAAACGGAAAAUACCCAAAAUAGAACAGAAAUAUUGAAAAUAGCAACAGAAUUUUAUAAGAAACUAUAUAGCGCACCAAAUCAACAUCCAUAUGAAUUACCGAAUAUAAAUAGAAUAGAGGCGAGAGCAGUCAUAGACGAAUCCGAAGUGAUCAAAGGGAUUAAAUCACUAAAAUUGGAGAAAAGUCCAGGCCCUGACCGGAUCACAAACGAAGUCAUAAAGGCUGGAUACCAAUAA